GAUCCAAGAAGGCUCUUUCAAACAAGAGAUGCAGUGAAUGAAAGUUACUUGACGUGCCAUGACACUGACUCCCAAGUGUGAAGAUCAGACGAAAACUGAAACGGGCAGAUAAUCUAUUCAAAGUCUAAAUGACACUCUAAUCAUCAAAUGUGUUUGGAAACGAUUUGUACUAAAAUACUUUAUCAACUCUUAACUAUACAGAUUUCCAGCUCAGAUUAUGUUUAAAGGUAUAUAAGAAUGCACACACAUGUAACGUGAAUAGUACAAAACAGCUUUCUUUUUUUUGUUUGUUUAUUUAUUUAUUAAUUUGGCUGCACCAGGUCUUAGUUGCAGCACGCAGGAUCUUUGUUGCAGCCUGCAGGAUUUUUAGGGAUCUAGUCUCCUGACCAGGGAUUGAACCCAGGUCCCCUGCAUUGGGAGCGGGAAGUCUUAACCACUGGACCACCAGGGAAGUCCCACAAAACAGCUUUCUGAGCCUAAAUGCCCAAAGGCCUUACUAACUAAUGGAUGAUUUUUAAACCUGGGGAUGAAGGAGAUAAGGAAAGGUUCUGGUUAAUUCAUGAUCUGCUUUACCCGGUAAUCCGAAAGCUAUUUUUUUUUUAACAUCUCUUUUUCCAAGUACUGUUUUUAAAUUUUAAAAUAAUUAGAUUCACAAGAAGUUUCAAAGAUAAUACAGCAGGUUCCCUUCACCCAGUUUCCCCCACUGGUUACAUCCUAUACACUUGUAACACAAAUCAAAGCCAGGAAUGUGACAUUGGAACAAAGUACUCUAGUUCUACCUCUAAACACAUGUGUAGACUUCUGACAUGACCAGAACACAGAACUAUUCUAUUAUCACAAAGAUCUCCCUUGCUCCUACCCCUUUAUAUUCACACCUGCCCCACAUCCACCAAAGCAAAAGCUGCACAAACUAGUGUUUACUCUUCCUAGAUGACUAUUUAUUUUCUAUUUGAACCUGGUCUAGUCUAUUUCAUUUCUAUAAAAUUUGGUCUCCACCCUUUGAAUUAAUGUCAUGAACUAUUAAUAGAUCCUCAUUCUCAAUUUUAAAAACAAUGUAAUCAACUGGAACUUCCAGACUUAUUUCCUUUAUUUGAUAAUUUGGUUUGACAAAAAAACACAAAAAACAAAACACACACAACUGAUUUAUGGUGAAUUCCUUUUUCUAAUCACAGUUGCUUUUUCCAUAGCUUUACUGAGGGUCCCUCCUCAGGCUUCCACGUUUUGAACACUUCUCAGAUCACUAAGCAGUCUCCAGAGCCUGAUAACUAAUUUAUUAUUCCAACACAAAGGAAAUUGGUCUGCAAAACAGGAUGCCGAUUUAUUAAUUCACUAUGAGAUUCACUAUAACAGACCAAUAGGGUCGUUUCAAUCAGCACCUACUAAGAGAAUCCAAAUAUGAUUAUAGGUAAAUGCAGAUGCCAAAAAAGGGGUGGUGAUGGUCCAGGGUCAUCCUUCUGUACCACUCAACAAUCUACUCUCGUCCUCAGGGAUCAAUUCCUGCCCUCAUUUUCUCAAAAAGCUAAGAACACUUACAAAACGGCUACUCUUCAAGCCUGAAACACAGGGUGAGGGUGGGAGUCAGGAGUGGUGUUAAUUUAAUUCUAGUGCCUGAAGUUACCUCCUGGGCUUGUGCUAAUUUUCUCAAAUUUAAUUUUGUGGAGGGUAGCAGGAUAACUUUCUCUCAUCUUUCGGACAGGAAAUAUAAUUUUAGUUUGGAUUUUGCAAAUACUUAGCAACAUGAAACCACCGCCCAUUCUUCCUUUUGGUCCUCAUUUUAGUCUGGGCCAAAGAACCAGGCCGUGAGGGCUCCCCUUCCAGCUGCCCUCCAAGCACACAUCACCUGUAGAUACUCAGCCUUUUCUGGACGAGCCCAAGCGGGUUAUAAACAAACCUGGGGUAUUUUGAUCACUUUCUGGCAUCUUAGUUGUGGCGAUUACGCUGAAAGAUCCCAAGACUAGUUUGACAAGAGAAAAAAGGUCCACGUGUCACCUCAGAAGACCAAUGGAACACCUAGAAUGAAAGUCCAGAGAGUGGAAAAGGCACCUUCUUCCCCGUCUCCGCAUCUUGUGGGAGCCUCCUCAGCUGCCUAAGGUCCACUUUAUCUGCCGGGCAGGGCCGGUGGGGCUGCGGAAGGCCGGGGUCCGGGUCCGGAGGGCGACGGCGAGGUCGGGGGUCUGGGCUCGGAGAGCCAGGUCCAGGACCAGAAGGCGGGAUCCGGGGUCAGGGGUCAAGGUCCGGAGCCGGAGAGCCGGGGCUGGGGUCGGGGUCCAGGUCCGAGGGCAGGGAUCGGAGGGCGGGGUCCGGGUCGGGGGUCGGAAGAUGGGAUCCAGGUCCAGAGGGAGGGGUCAGAGGUCGGAGGGCGGGAUCCGAGUCCGGAGGCCGGGGCCCUGGGUCGGAGAGGGAGUCAGAGUCCGGAAGGCCGAGGGAGACCGCAGCGGCUCCGGGCCUGACUCGCAAGGCGGGCCGGAGGGAGCAGCGAGGCGUCCGGCGAGCAAAGAGUUAACAGCGGCGGAGCGGAGGAUCUCGGAGCUUCACGCCGCCGCCUGCGCGGCUGGCGGGCUGAACUACAUGGACCCAGCUACUGGCUACAUGGUGCUCACCCGGCUGGCCCACUUGCAGAGAGGCAGAUGCUGCGUCUCUACCUGCAGACAUUGUCCAUAUGGUCAAGUCAAUGUUAAAGAUCCAUCCAAAAAGAAGCAAUUCAAUUCAUAUUUUUAUGUUUGAGAAGAAUUUCAUUUCUGUUCUCCAUCUAAUUGAGCCUUAUUAAAAAAAUAAAUAAAACCUUAAUCCAGAAUUGCUUUCUGUGCUGUUAGUACUUGAGCACUAGUUUAAUCUUAAACUUAAGCAUAUAUUAAUCUUAAUCUUAAACGUGUAUUAAAAGAACAUCAAUAAAAUUAAAAA